AUGCUCGCAGGUUGGGUUAAUUCGGCCGGCCCUGAUAUAUGGAAAUGGAAGCACGAUAAGAAUGGUAAUUUCUCCGUCUCAAGUAUAAAGAAACUGCUUAGUUCCGUAAAUCGUAUCACACCCGAACGUGUUUUUGAGUGGAACAACUGGGUACCCAAGAAGGUCGGAAUAGUUGCAUGGCGAGCGGAGAUGGAAAGGUUGCCGACGAAGUGUGCUUUGGCUAGACGCAAUAUUCCGGUUCAAAAUCUGUUUUGCGUUUUCUGUGGUGAUUAUGAAGAAACAUGUGAUCACGUCUUUGUCUCGUGUCACUAUGCGCAAACAAUAUGGCAGAAUUUGGCGGCAUGGUGUAUGAUCCCUCCGAUCAUUGCAUUUGGAAUAAAUGAUCUACUCACACUACAUGGUUCAAGCUCGGGAUCGAGGAAAAGAAAGAAAGUAAUUCAUGCUAUAGUUUUGGUCACCAUUUGGAGCAUAUGGAAGUCUAGGAAUGAAGUCGUUUUUCGGCAACUGAAUCCAAACAUGACGAGAAAUUUGGACGAGAUCAAAUCGGUGACGUUUUUAUGGGUCAAAAACAGGUCAAAGGUGGAGUCGCUAUCUUGGGAAGAUUGGAGUCACUUUAACUUAAGAGCUUUGAUCUAA